GUUCUCACACUUCCUGUUGGCCUUGCAGGAUUGUAAACAAACGUGAGAUCGUAGUCCCAAGAAGGAUCGAAUCAGCCAAGCAUCCUGAGAAACCGACACAAAUCAAUGAGCUAUGAGCUUCGAGAAGGAUCUUUUGGAGGAAUAAGCGCCGUGUCACAACGAUUACAGCUGAAUCAAAGCAACGACGCGAGUGGAAGACUAACGUUAGCUGUCCGCUAAGGAAUACGAGUGAUUAACCAGCUAGCUGGCAGUCGCUUGUACAGUGAGGCUCGGCCUAAUUCAGGAUGGUGUGUGUGGGGACUCGACUGGGCGUCUCGCUCCUGGUCUUAUGCUUCACUCUGGCACCCUCUCCUGGUCAGGCAUAUAUAUAUGCUCAUUACAGUAACAUGACCUCCAUGCUGUUUGAAGAUCUGCCUUCUCUCUUUGGCUCUCCCCUGCCAAAAGAUGGACUCAUGGGUGUGCUGGUUGAAGCUCGUCCUCAGAACGCUUGCACACCUAUAGAUCCUCCUCCAGUUUCUCCCACACCCUCAGAUCCCACUACAAACAGCUCUACAAAAUACAUUGUCCUUAUUCGACGCUACGACUGUAACUUUGAUAUCAAGGUGCUCCAUGCACAGCAGGCCGGUUACAGUGCAGCCAUAGUUCACAACAUGUUCUCUAAUUCACUUCUCAGUAUGGGAUCCAGCAAUGACACCAUCGCGGAUGGGAUCGAGAUUCCCUCUGUGUUUACAAGCUACUAUGCCUCUCAAAUACUGCGCAGCUUUAUCAUACCAGAGAAAGGGGCCUUUGUGAUUCUGAAGCCCGAGUUCUCCUUUCCUCUGUCCUACUAUCUCAUCCCCUUCACUGGAGUCGUCGGCAUGAUCAUCAUUGUCAUGGUCGUCAUACUGGUUGUGCGGUGCGUGCAGCACAGGAAGAGACUUCGGAAAAACAGACUCUCCAAAGAACAGCUGAAGAAAAUCCCCACUCACAAGUUUGUUAAAGGUGACGAGUAUGAUGUGUGCGCGAUUUGCCUAGAUGAAUAUGAAGAGGGAGAUAAGCUGAGAGUGCUGCCGUGUUCACAUGCUUACCACUGCAAGUGUGUGGACCCCUGGCUCACCCUAACCAAGAAAACCUGCCCAGUGUGCAAGCAGCGCGUGACCCGUCCCAACCCAGAAACCUCUGAGUCUUCAGAUUCGGAGGAAGAGGCGGGGCCGCGCGAGGCUGGCGGGGAAGAGGACGGAGCGAUCAGUGAGGCUGAUUCUGAACGCACCCCUCUCCUCCGCUCGUCCAACCCCGCGUCCCCUGCCUCCUCCAGCCCGCCUCCCAACUACUCCUCCACAGUGACGUCCAGCGAAGCCGUGGCUACGGUCACAACCUCCGCUCAGUGCUUGCCACACACACCGCAGCACGACGAGUACUGCACACCCGUAGAGGACUCGGAUGAAGGUACUGAUGAUGAGGAGGGUCACCCCUCGGAUAGCGACACCACAGAGCUCAUCGGACGCGGCGCAUUACGAGUCUGAUUAAAAACUACCCCUUUAUCUCGGUCACUUUGGUUGUUAUAGGGAUCUGUUUUCUCUGAUGUAUAUGGCAGAGGUGGAUUUUUACACCCCUUAUUUUGAGAUGCAUUUUGUCCAGUCUCACUGAGAUUACACGUCCAUCCCACUUUUAGUUCUAGCUAGUGCAUCCAACACUAAACGGCAUAUGUGCAACGUUUUACAGUUCCUGACAAAAAUACAGAUUGGCGUGGUUCACAAAAUCAUGUGUUGUCCUAAAAUGUCCAAAUCACAGUUAAAGGUCAUGUAAAAACUAUUUGAGGUUAAUGAAACCAUCCUUAGAUAAAUAGAAACGCAUCUUUUACUCA